AUGUCUUACCAGCCUUCCAUCGGAUCAGACCUAUCGAGGAGGAGAGUUUCCAACGCGCAUGUCAACCCUACUUCCCGCCGCGGCGUGAUUCAAGUCAAUCCCGCUGACCAUUCUCAAGUUGCCGAGCCUGCAGACAGCGGAAGACAUUUACGGGCCCUUGAACGCCGCGCAGUGACGACAGAGAACCUAUCCGCCGGCGCAACUACACGAGGAUUUCUUGUAGUUGAGCCCACAGAUUCCGGAGACCAGAACAUUGAAACACUUGCCCAGGCCUUCCAAGGAACAACUGGCACCACCGCCGUAGCUGACUCAAAUAGGGAGCUAGAAGGGCCAACAGUUCCAUUCCAGCUUGCCAGUACUUGGGGCUUUAACCACACAGCGCUCCAGUGCCUGAAAGCCGAGCCCGAUCUGGCGAAUGGAUGUUCAUUAGGUCAUGCCGAUCAAGAUGACCUCUGGCUUGAAUGUGUAGUAUGCGGUAUGAUUAAUCACCACGCUACGACAGGGUAG